CACAAACAUCAGCCGUCGCCGACGCAAGGAUACAGAAGGCAGGAUCGCGCGCAGGAUAUACGAGAAGGUCGAUGCAAGCGCGGGCGUGAGGAAGCGACGGGGGGAGAGAGGGCGCAGAGAGGGGUGAAGAAGAGAAAGGAGGAAGAUCCUACGUGUCUAUCCCCCCACCAGAGGUAGGUGGUCCACGGAACCGCCUCCGCGGACGGGUCUGCCAUCCGUCCGACGGUUUCGGUGCGUGUGCCAGACGUGUGCUCGUCUCGUCUCGCCUCGGCCCGUUCUUCCUCCCGUGGACCAACCUGUGCGGCCGUGCCGCGCGGACGGUUUCUUCGCCUCCCUGAAUCUAUCGUCGGGGUCCACCGUCGCCUCUCUCCUCUCGGCCGAUCAGUCGGCCAUCGGAGUUUACCUGAUUCGUUGGUACCACCGUGCUACCGUGUCUCUCGCGACCUCCGUGUCCACCGAUGACGCGAGUAAAAUCGGAUGAGAUACAACACUGUAUUAGUUUACAUUUCCUCGAUAAUUGAUAACGAGGGAGAGACGGAGAGAGAGGGAGAGGGAGAGAGACGAUAACUGCGAUAAAAAUUCUCCGACGGACGAGACGGCGUGGAUUUAACUAUGACGCGACUCGGCGAUCUCGACGUCGACCAGGACGAAUUCUCCUCGGCUCAAUUUGGAACCUCGAAGUAACGCGCCGUAUAACGACUCUCGAGUCGUCUCGUGUCGAACACGAGAAGGCAAAUCCGUGAGAUCAGUAUCCUCGAGAACGAUCGAUGAGAGAUAAGUCGAGGAACUGUAGUCCGGGAAGAUUCCGAAGAGUGCGUCUCCCUUCUCGACACAUCGCGUCGUCGCGUCAAUUUCUGUCUAAUAUUUCCCGGAGCUGAUAACGAAGUGAAUCUCCGAGUGAUCUACGAGUUCACAGGAAUCGGUUUAAUAUCGAAAUAUAUUCCGAUGCGGAUAAGGUCGCAUGGGGUCGACUAAGUAGCCAUAAAGAAGAUUCGGCGACCUAUCCGACCCGAUAAAUUGCAUCCUGAUAACCCUCGAUUAAUUAUCGAGCCUCUCUCUUCCUGUGACGGAGAUCCCUUACUGAGAAUCUCGUUUUAUCUGCGACAAAAAUCCACGAAAUGCGCUUUAUCUUCCGUCGAAAUUUGCCAAUCGACUUAUUAUUGAUUAUUGAGUGACGUUCGUAUGUUGAAAGUGCGAUAGUUUUCGGUGAUCGUGAACGUCAGUGAAGAGAGUGCGUCGGAUUUAACGAGAUUGAAAAUGGAGACCCAUCACAAUAACAACGGCUUAUCGCCGAUGGAGGGUAAGGCCAGUUCAUCGAGCAACGAACACGGCAACAAUAGUUCCUUGGACGAUGCUGUGGGCAAGCUACUGCAAGGAUACGACUGGACACUACUUCCGGUAACUUCGCGCGCCGGCGGACGAAGAAGCGCUCACGUGAAGCGUCCCAUGAACGCCUUCAUGGUAUGGGCGCAAGCGGCAAGGCGAAGACUGGCCGACCAGUAUCCGCAAUUGCACAACGCCGAAUUGUCGAAGACGCUGGGAAAAUUGUGGAGGAUCUUGAGCGACGGCGAGAAACAACCGUUUAUUGAGGAAGCUGAGAGACUGCGGAAUGCGCACAAGAAGCAACAUCCGCACUAUAAGUAUCAACCGCGCCGGAGGAAGCCUAAGUCGGACGAUCAGAUGGGCAUCAUCGUGCACAGAGGCGGACUUCCGUCGCCGGGGACCUCGCACGACUCUUCGGCCGGCUCCACGGAUUGCACCUACACCCGCCUGUAUCCGGACGCCGGCGUGAAGGCGUACGAGCGGCCGGCGACUUAUCACGACCCGAAAUCCGGCGCUUACGACCUCGCCAGACCGGUCUGGGUCAACGAGACGGUCGCCAAGUAUCCCGAUCAUCCUAAUAAACUGACGUACGAGACGACGGCGAGGAGCUACGCCGAGGCGAAGUGCCACGAGGUUGCCAAGUAUCACGAGAUGGCCGGCGCCAAGUAUCAUCACGAGAUGACCGGCGCCAAGUACCACCAUCAUCACGAUUCAGCGGCGACCAAGUAUCCGGAUCUACAGACUAAGCCCUACGACUUGCCCAAGUAUUCGGAGGCUAAGGGAUACCCGGACGGUCUGAAAUACUCCGCGGAGAUGAGCGGCGCCGCCGCUGCCGCCGCCGCCGCCGCCGCUAAGGCACCGUACGCCUGUGUGCACGGACAAUAUUAUCCUGCCGCGGAAGGAUACGGCGUCCACGGCGAGGAGAACGACUAUCAGCCGCAGAGUAUGUCCUCGCAUCCCUCCUUUUACCCUUACAUAUCGGCGUCCAUGGCGCAACCACCGUACUACAUGGGCCCCCGAUAGGGGGGUGACGCAUUUUUACGGUAAUUAAAUCUUGCUGAACUUAAUUAAAAUUGAAAGAACAAAGCGAUCAAAAGACUUUAUCUCGCGAUAUUAGAAAUAUAUAUAUAUAUAUAUAUAUAGACGUUUGAUAAAUAAGAGAAAAUUUUAGACAAUUGUUACGGACGCAUUUUAUGAAUAAAGUAAACGAGACGGUGUUUCUGCAUAAAAUUAAGACCGCGUCACUUCCCCUGAUCGCGAAUUGUUUCACUUUCUUUUGAGAAUUUUGUCUUAUCACUUAACAAAUUUCAUAGAUAAUUGUCCAUAAGUGACCCAUUGAGACUUAGAUAAAUCGAGUAUC